AACAGCUUGGAAUUGCAAGGAAUUUCUAUAAAGAAAAUGGCAUAGAGAAUUGAAGGCCAUAGGGCAUGUUGGAUCCUAUAAAAAUGGGGACAAUCCCUGUAUUCAUGUUCUCAAUAUAAAUACCAUUCCCACGUCCCUCUACAUUCAGCACCAUUUUUUGCAUAUUGGUUUCUGAUUUUUCCAAUAUUCUCUGUCUCUUCUCUCUCUCUCUCUCCCUCUUUCUCAAUCUUUUUUUUUUUUUUUUGAGAGAGAGAGGGUUUUUUGGUAGUAACAAAGAAGGAAGAGAUAGAGGAAAAUGGCUGUUUCAAACAUUUCAUUUGGAGUUUUUGCUGCCAUUGUUGCCAUUAUUUUUGCCAUCUCCAUGCCUUUGGCUCAUGGCCAAUCUUCAGCUCCUGCUCCAUCACCCACAAGCGAUGGCGCUGCAAUAGACCAAGGAGUAGCUUGUAUUCUAAUGCUUGUGGCGUUGGUGCUCACAUACCUUAUUCACUGAUGAUUCAUCGAACUACGGCACAUACAUUAUUUUGGAUGUAACGUCAAAUCAAUCUCCUUUUUUUUUUCUUUUUCUAUGUGGGACAACAUUGAUAUAUUCUCUUCUAAGAAAAAUGUUUGGUGUGUUCUAAUUAUUUCCAUAUGUAAUUUGAUGAGACUUGAAGGAA